AUGAGCCCCCAGCAGGAAAGCAAGAAGCGCAAAUCGGACGCACUGGACCAGGCGUGCCUGGAGCUGAGCGAGGAAGUGGAAAACUCAGAGGAAGUUACGAAGAAAAGUGAGGAAGUAGAAGAAGAGGAUCUGGAAACUCAGUUCAACAACUGGAAGGUGAACAGCGGUUUGUUGUACGACUUUGUAAGCAGAAAGGAGUUGGAGUGGCCCUCGCUAUCCAUCGACUUUGGUGACUACCACAACGAGAACCACGAAGACAAUGUGUUUAACCAAAUAGUGUGCGUAGGAACACAUACGUCGAAUAAAGAACCCAACUACCUGUACGUGUGUGAAGUCUUAUUCCCGUUGGUGCAACUACCACAGGAAAAUUGCAUCUACAAAACGAAUGAAAAUUAUGAAGGGUUCGAUUUCUGUUCAGAAAAAAAAAAAUUUACCAUUCAGUCGAAAAUAGCUCACGAAGGAGAAGUCAACCGGAUCAAGUUCCUCCCUCUGGAAAAAAAAAACUUUGUUGUUACGAAGGCGAUCGAUGGGAAUUUACAUCUAUUUGAUAUAAACAAACAUAGUAUCGAAACAAGUGCAGAUAAGAUGAAUCCAGAAGUAUCUUUCGUUGGAAAUGCAUCGGAUGGGUUCGGACUAGACUUCCACGCAGAUAAGAAAUACGCCUUAACCUGUGGAAAUGAUGGGAUCAUAAAUCUCUACGAUUAUACAGAAUUGACAAGUAAAAAAGUUAGUCCUUUUUAUAAAGUGAAAUAUAAGUCUCCUCUAAAUGACGUAUGUGCAACGAACGACCCAAAUUUGAUCUUAGCCUGUGCAGAUGAUGGGUAUAUUUUACUGUACGAUAUUAGAGUGAAAGGAGAAGAACCUGCGCAACAGGUUCUAGGACAACAGGUAGCCGUCAACUGUAUUUCGUUAAAUAAGUUUACUGGACAUUUUGCAUCUGGAAGCGAUAAUGGAAAAAUAAAAAUUUGGGAUAUUAAAAGGUUUAGUGAACCACAGCACAUUAUCCAUGCACAUAAAGAACCCAUCAUCCGACUGAACUUCUCUCCUAACGAUUCGUCUAUCCUUGCAUCUGCUAGUACUAGUCGAUUUAUCAACAUUUACAAUUUAACGAAAAUUGGCGAAGAACUAGAUGCCAUAGACUUGUCCGACGGUCCAUCUGAGUUGAUCUUCUCUCAUGGAGGACAUACGCAACCGAUCACCGACUUCAACUGGAACCACCACAAGGAGCUCAAGAUGUUUAUUGGGUCCACUGGUGAGGACAACACGCUGCAGUUUUGGCAACUCAAGACGGAGCUCCUCGACGAGGCCAACACCGUUCCGACGUCCAACACGGACGUGGAGUAA